AUGGAAUCUUCAGAUAAAAACUAUCAGAGAAAGGUGUCCUGUUCUGCCCUCAAGCACCACAAAGUUUCUGCAGAGAAAGAUUCCCACUUUCUUGAUGAAGCGAGAGAGCUCUUUAAGCCUUUCUCUGAUCAGGCCAUAUUGUUUGAACUAGCGGUCUUCACCAUGGUCACUAUGGCCUACUCCGGGGCUGGCAAGACCAAGGAUGCUCACAAGAGUGGGGGUACUCCUGAAACUAGAAAUGGUUUACUCGAAGUACAGAAGGCCUUUCGUGAGGCUGGCCUAAAUUUCGCAAAACAGGGUGUGGCUAUAACUCAAGAAAAUUCAUUAUUAGACAACACUGCUAGAAUUGAGGGCUGGUUAGCUAGAUUCCCAAUGUUUGACUGGGUUGGUGGAAGAACAUCUGAGAUGUCUGCAGUUGGUCUUCUUCCAGCAGCGCUUCAGGGAAUUGACAUUAAAGAAAUGCUCGCUGGUGGAAAGUUGAUGGAUGAGGCUAAUAGAACCACUGUGGUUAAGAAUAAUCCUGCCGCCUUGCUUGCUUUAUGCUGGUAUUGGGCUACUGAUGGAUUGGGAUCCAAGGAUAUGGUUGUUCUUCCUUACAGGGACAGCCUAUUAUUAUUUAGUCGGUAUUUGCAGCAGUUGGUCAUGGAAUCUAUUGGGAAAGAAUUUGACCUUGAUGGUAAUCGGGUGAAUCAAGGACUUACAGUGUACGGAAACAAAGGGAGCACGGAUCAGCAUGCAUACAUCCAACAACUGAGAGAUCGCGUGCACAAUUUCUUUGUGACAUUCAUUGAAGUACUACGAGAUAGGCCUCCUGGUCAUGAUUGGGAGCUUGAACCAGGUGUCACAUGUGGUGACUAUCUAUUUGGAAUGCUACAGGGAACACGAUCGGCUCUUCAUUCUAAUGACCGAGAGUCGAUUACGGUUUCUGUGGAAGAAGUGACACCUAGAUCUGUAGGUGCUCUUAUAGCACUUUAUGAGAGAGCGGUUGGGAUUUAUGCCUCACUUGUCAACAUUAAUGCUUACCAUCAACCUGCUGUAAAGAGCCUGUUGAGCCAUUGACACUAGAUGAAGUAGCCGAUCGGUGCCACGCUGCUGAAGAUAUUGAAAUAAUUUACAAGAUCAUCGCUCACAUGGCGGCAAAUGACAGAGCUCUUAUUGCUGAAGGCAGUUGCGGUUCACCACGGAGUGUCAAAGUUUUCCUCGGCGAGUGUAAUGUGGAGGCAUUAUAUUGAUUUCUUUCAUCUCCAAUCUCCAUGUGCCAUAGAAAAAAUAACAGAGCAGAACAGAGAGUACAUCUCCAUGUGCCAUAAACGAAGAGAUCAUCUCCAUGUAUUAGCAAGCAUUAUUUAAUUUCAGCCCCAUUGUAUUUUUGUUAAUUUCAGAAUCGAGAAUCUGGUUAAAUUAAGCUUGGAAAUAAAAUUCCAGUACGAGGCUCUGUGAUUCCACCGUUGUCACAAACUACAGUUUCUAGACGUUAUUGGGGAAUAAGCUGGUUUAACAGAAAUAUUAUACAAAUUAAUCUUGGGGUCAUAA